UUUUGCAGCCAAACUAUUCUUUACAGACAUAUGCAGGGCAUACCUCGCAUGUAAUGUCACUUGAUUUCCAUCCUAAGAAGAAUGACCUUUUCUGCUCCUGUGAUGCUAACAAUGAGAUUCGCUUUUGGAAUAUCAAUCAGUAUUCUUGCACUCGCGUUUCUAAGGGAGGCUCAGCACAGGUGAGAUUCCAGCCGAGAAUUGGACAGUUUCUUGCUGCUGCAUCUGGAAAUGUUGUGUCUAUAUUUGAUGCUGAGAGUGACAGGCAGACACAUUCAUUGCAGGGUCACUCCACAGAGGUACACUCUCUUUGCUGGGAUACAAAUGGAGAUUAUUUGGCAUCUGUCAGUCAAGAGUCUGUCAGAGUGUGGUCAUUAUCCUCUGGAGAGUGCAUUCAUGAACUCAGUCCCAGUGGAAACAUGUUCCAAACUUGUGUUUUCCAUCCAAGCUACUCCACUCUCUUGGUCAUUGGAGGCUACCAGUCAUUGGAGCUUUGGAACAUGGCUGAGAAUAAGUGUAUGACCAUUCAGGCUCAUGAGGGUGUAAUAUCAGCUUUAGCACAGUCACCAGUCACAGGAAUGGUCGCCUCUACCAGUCACGACAAAUCCGUUAAAAUCUGGAAAUAAAGUUUGCUGAUUUUUGCUUCAAAUCCCCAGUUUCAAGUCUGCUGGCUCUUCAUCUCAUCAACUGAAGAGA